AUGGCCGCCACCGGCGAUGGCGAAGCACCAAGCCGCCGGCCUCCGACGCCGGAAGAGAUCGUUCUCCUUGCGAAGUCCUCCGCCGCCGCCCUCCCCUGUGCAGACUCCCACGCCAACCUCUUGGAGCGCCUCCUCCCCUCGUCGCCGUCCGUCCCGUUCCACCUCUACGUCUCCUCUCUGUUGACGCUGGUCUCGCGCACGGAUCCUUCCCCCCCCGUCUCUUCUUUCCUGUCUUCCCUUCUGCUCUCCUUCCUCCGGCUAUUCCGGUCUCGGCAGAUCCCCCGCGAUGGGGACACCAGCCUGCUCUUCCACCUGUUCUCUCUGCACCUUUCCACUCUCGACAGGGCUCAGCUGUUCUCCGUCCUCGAUGAGGUUCUAUCCGAUCUCUCUGAAGUUUCCGAUUCUGAAGACGCCCUCCCGCUGGACUUGAUCCCGAGAUGCCUCGACCUCUUGGUCGUGACCAGUGGCGAUGAGGUGGUGGACUCUAUUUUGGAUAGAAUUCUGGACGCCGAUUGGUCAAAGGCGGUGCUGGUGAAGGUCGUUUCCCUCCUCAGAGAGUUCCCAGUCUCCACGAGGAUCCGCGCCAUGGAAUUUUUGGAGAAAGCCUUUGGCGGUUUGGAGGGCAUCGAUAUCCAGGACCUCCCUUCGCUAGCUUACCAGCUUCUGCUGUUGGCUACCAAAGGUUUCAACAAAAGGGCUGUGCUCAGUGGGAUUUUGUCGUUCUUCGGGUCUGGGACGGUCAAAGGUGCUCCCGCUAUUCUUCGGCAGGUCGAAGGCACGGUGCUUAUGCACUUCAAUUUCGCGGUCAAACAGGAUCCUUCGCUCGGAAAAGAAGUGAUGGGAGUUCUGCGGUGCGACAUGGAAGCUUUCAACCAUUUUGCUGUUGCGGUUCUUCUCUCCAUUGCCAGGGUUAGGCGUUUCAAUGAGAACUCAAUCCAUCUUCUCCGGUCUCUGGCUAUCAAGUCAUACAGUGAAUAUAGGUUUGCAAGGUGAGAAUCAAUAAUUCGAUGGCGAGCUUGUCUCCACGUUAUGCUUAUGCUCUUGUGUCUCACUCAGCAUUGCCCGGUAACUCCUCUCAGUCUGUAUGUUCAUUGUGUUGUCCAUUCUUAUGUCGCCAUGCAUUUUCUAGAGACUGUAAAUGGUUGCCCACGUGCAUCAAGGAAGAGUGCCUGCGGACCGCAAAGUGUAUAGAGAAGUCUUUAAUGAGAGCUGUGAGCUCCCUUUCUCUCCCUCUCUUGCUCUCCCUCGCGUUUGUGAGCGCAUUUGCACUCUUAGAGGAAGUAACUGGAGUGUAACAAAUUUUCUUUCCCUUUUGUGUUAGAUUAAUGAAAAUAACUCUGGAAGGGAGUACAUCGUACCCAGCAGCGUCCAGCUUGGAUUUAUUUUGCUGGAGUCUGUGGAUGGUAAGAGUUGUGGCAGAUCUGAUGACUCUGGAGAACGGAUGGGAGCUGAGGAACUUGGCAUUCAGAUACUAAAGACGAUCUUCGAAGUUCAUGACAUGGCAAGAAAUGAGGUGGGUUUGGCUCACUUUUCUUUUGUAUCAUCGUUGCAUAUGUCAUUAAUGCAGAUUUUGCACAACGGAUCAGCUCAUAUGUAUUUAUUCCUUAAGUUUAUUAUAUCUGUUCUUCAUUUAGCCUUAAACCAAGGAAAAGUGAUUAUUGUCACAAAGUAGCAUUUUUUUUUCUCUUUUGCCGAGAUCCAGAUUGUUGAACAAUGCAAAUUUCGAAUUCUCUCUCUGAAGCCUCAAGAAAGUUCUUCGAUCAUCAAGUAACCACUUGAUUAUUCUUUUUUCCUGCAUUUAUUAUGAGAUAAAUUUACUGAUGUUGCUUUAUAUCUUUAUUAACAUGCUGCUCUAAAGGCUCCUUGGUACUCUCAUUCAGAGUUACCCAUACCCCAUGCUCGAGCAAAAUGGAAGACUGAAGGACUUGUUGGACUAUUUUACUUUCAUGCAUGACAGACCAGCUCAUUCUUUAAUUGCUGCCAUGCUGCCACUCAUCAGAUUCAGCCGUGACCUACAGGUACAGCUCAAUAAAAAUUUAGGGUUAGGGCAAGUCUGCUGCUUCUCAUGUGAGGCUUAUAAUGCUAUUGACCAUUCUUCCGAGGAUUUUUUUUUUUAACCUACUUUCACCAAUUAUUUUUAAGAAAUUACUUCUAUUAGUAAGUAAUUAUUGGUAUUUUUGUAGGAUUACAUUAUUUUGGUUGUUCGGAAGGCUAUGUUCAGGAAAGAAGAUACAGUUCGUCUUGCUGCCACUAAUGCAGUAGUUGACCUGAUCCUCCUGGAUGCUAGAUCUAAGAGAAAUUGUCUGAAUUCUUUUCAAGAAUCAUCCAGCCAAGCUAGCUGCAGCCAACAGACUGACAUGCCUAGCAAGAUAGGUCUACCUCUCUUCCAAGAGUUGAGUGGACUGCUCAAAAGAUGUCUAUCGCAACAAGUAUGCCUUCUGAUUUUUGCAUUUCAUAUUGAAGCUGUCUUCUCUCCUCUUUUUUUUUUCUUCUUCUUAUGGUUUUUUUGAAUUUAUUAGGGUAAAAUAAAAGAGGUUAUUUAUGGUGGACUCGUGAAACUCGUUUUGUUGGACCCACUUCUUUCUGGAGCUGUAUUUGAUUUACUCUGGCCUCACUUCCUUCACUUUUACAGAGAGGUAUUUCCUUCGAGAAUCCAAGCUUACUUUUAAAAUCUGUCUACAGAGACGAUGGAUAUUUUCAUAUUUUACCUUCCUUAUAGCAACAUAUUCCCCCAUGUUUCCUUUGAAUGGUAAACUCGAUAUUUUCUUCAUGUUUUCUCAACCUUCUUGCUUAAACAUUAUGAGCACUUCUGAAGACUUAUGAAGAAGUCAUGUUGUCCAGGAUGCCAAAUUUCCCCUAGUUAUUGAUUCCUGUAUCACAGAAGAGAAUGGCAAGGCUUAUGUCAGAGAACCAUUAGACUGUCUUCUGUCAUGUAUCUCCUGGAUUCUUCUCCUCCAGCCCCGCAAUGGUCGUGAGUCAUCCGACUACUCUUGGACAUGCUUCGGUUUUUCUCUUUCUCAAGAUAAUGAGGUACUUUUCCAGUUUUGUGCACGGAAGUGAAAAAGCCUUUUUAUCGUCUUCUCUAAGCUGCUUCUUUGUAAAACACUCUAGGUUGGAAGAACAUCUGUGGAGUGUUUCUCAAAUGCUUUAAAAAAGAUUCGGCAUGCUUUGACAUAUGACUUAAAAGGUAAUGUCGAAGUAAUCUUGAGUGUUAUUCUGUUCGUUUGAUUGGCCAUUCAUAGCUUAAUCUUCUAUUAUCGCUCUUAUUUCUUGAUCUGGGGGUUUAAAUUUCUUCUAAUAUAUAUCAGGUGUGUUAGGGCUGAUCAACGAGAACAUCCCUCAUAGUUUGCAAGGUGAAAGGAAGAGGUACUGCCUUCAGAUUCUUUGUGGAAUUGUAGAGGUUUUUGCUAAUGUUGUCGCCACAGAGUUGGAGAAAGCAGGAGAUGCUGAAAAGACGGCCCUUGAAAAACAGAUCGUAGAUCUUUCUAUUCUAUAUAAUUCAUUUCAAAGUGACAUAUCCUCACCCAAACAAGUUGACGGUCUCAGAAGAAGAGGGCCAUCGAGAACUUCUGCGAUGGGCACACCCAACUUUAAAGAAUGCUCUGAUAGUUUUCACAUGAGAAGAACUUUCUUGGCGACAGCAAGUAUCCACCAGUUGUUGGCGACUGCAGUGAAACUUUAUGAUGCUUUUAACCCUGACGGCCAUGCAGUUUCUCAAGACAAUACCCAAUCUUCUGCUCACAAAACGUUGACAUGUUCUCUAGGUUUGGUUUCCUUUGCCUUGAAGACCUGUCUACAUCAGUUAAAAUAUUCCUAUUUAUGGGAAAGUGAUGAUACCUCAAGGACUCUAAUCGAUGGGGAUAUGAAAUCGUUGGGGCGGCCAUUACUGCGGUUGAUACGGCUGUUGAAGAUGAACACCAAGUCAGAGGACCCCAAGAAGAAAGAAGUAAGAGGGAAGAAAAAUUCAGACAAUAUAGUUCAUGUUUUGCACUUAUCACUGAAAUGCUUAGACGAGCUGUUCAAGGUAUGCCUACGCAAGGAAGCCUUUGUUGGGUUGAUUGAGGAUAUGGUGGCCGUGCCAUCAGGGGAAUGGAGCUUCGAGAUAGGGACUGAUGCUGCUGGUCCGGAGUCUGGUGCCGAGGAAGACUUGCCUAUGGAUACGCCGCAUGCAAGGAAUGUGAAUAUCUUCCUAGAUAAAUGGAUGAAACCGCUUUACUCCGAGCUUCUCAUGCAGUCUCUUUUCCGGGAAUCUGAGGUAAACCCAUUUUGCUUCGGGAACAUGCUCUCAAGGGCACCAGCAUCCUAUGAUUUCUACACCAUUCAAUAGUGCAUUCAGCAAUGUCCCCUUCAUGUUUGCUUGCUAGGUUCUAAAUAAAUAUAUUUUUAUUAUUUUAUUUUAUUUUCUGUCUAAAAAUCUGUGUUGAUUUCUCUGCUUACCCAAUUCACGUGACCCCAGAAAUCAGCAGAAGAAGUUGUUUUUUCCCCAGGUAUAUUGGUGCUAAAAGCUUAACCUUCCCGUUGUCGCAUACAACCUUAGGCUUGCACUGUACGUAUGAACAUCUAGAAAUCAGACGAAUUGGUAGUAUAAUACUCUGCAUCCCAAAUGCUUCUUUCCUCUCUGAAUCUACUUGUAAGAUCCUUGGAGUAGAAUAAAUUUAGGGUUUUAGUCAUCUUAGGAGACUCCAGGCUGAAUUCAUUCCCGGUUCAGAAACAGCCAUCAAACACAGCAGCCACGGUCGGCGUUUGCAAUGUGAGUAGAGUCCUUUCAAACCUAAAAAUAGAUGAUCAUGCACGAUUUUGAUUGGUCAGAGGGCGAUGGAAGCCUGGUUUGUUGACUUUCUAGAACCCAUGAUGAGCUUCAUCAGGAAUAGAAUAUCUCAUGAAACUUGAUGAAUUCUCAUGAGAAUUUGUCUGCCCUGGUAUGCUCGCCAUUGACCCUUCAGAGACAUGUUGACAGAAAGAAGAGGCGUGAGACGUUGACCUUCCAUUUGGACGAAAUGAUCUGAGGCAACCUUCGUAUUGCCUGAAUAAUAUUCAGAUGGAGAAUUCGUGGGCAUUAGGAAGGUAUGAAUAGCAUUCUGGAACUUAAUUGAUAAUAUUAAUCCAAGAAAAGGCUCUUGAUUGAGUGGUUUUUCAAUGAAAUUUUCCCCAUUUGGCAAAAUUCGGCACCUCUUGCUUGUUUUUCUUUUUUUUAUUUUUUUUUCUAAAGCUUGAUCAGUCUUUUCUUUUCCUCAAAGGUACCGUAAAGUAGUUGUAAUGCCUGGGUCUUUCACAACAUGCCCUGCAUGUUGUGAAAAGGCAUCAGCGUUGACUCUCGUUUGACAUUUUCUUUAUGUAUCUAUCGACAACAUGACCCGGCACUGGAAUAGUGUCUGAGAGUUGACUUUGUUACUGAGGAACAUAGGGGUUUACGGAAAUAGGCUCGUUUUUGUCUCUUGUCACCUUAGCGUUGAAUUUACUGAAUCUGACCGGCAUCCUCUUCUCAGGUUCUAUCCGACAUGGUCUUGAUGAUCGGUAACCGGUUGCCAGGCGUAUCAAGGGAGCCCCACGGAAUCUGGGCCGUUGACAUCUGCAAAAGCUCUGGUUUGCGACAUCCAACGGCUGCGGGUGGUGUGGUAGCCGUCGCCAUCCAUCUGCGGUCGCCUCCAGGUGAUCUAAUAACCGCCCAGGAGAUGGCCUCAGAGUUGGCCGCCGUUAUCGGAACAGAAGAAGAUCAGGGCCCCGUGGAGGCAUCCGAAACCUAUCCCAUCAUAAAUCGGUCAACGGGAGCCACCAUCGCUUCCAGUCUGCUGCGACUAGCCGACUCCGUCAUCGUUGACUUGGACUGGAGUCUAUCCAAACUCAAGGCGUUGACUACCGACAAGAUCCAUCGAUCGACUGGGCUUCCAUUGGAGGAGGCCCUGUAUUCGAGGUCAACAGCACUGGUCAACCUGCUGUCCCAUUUUGCACAGAUGAACCUCAAGGGUGAGACCCCAUAAUUGCAAUUGCUCCCACAUGCAAAAAAAUGCCAUAAAUUUAUUUAUAAAUAUUAUUUUCACGCACAGAUUGUCAAGCCGAGCAAUUUCUAAAACUGGCAGCGAGAUUCUACAAGAUCAUGUCACUUGCGACGAAGCUGAGGAUCGCCCCCAGAGGUUUCGAGCAGCUUCCUCCAGGUGGCACGUUCCAGGAGCUGACGGAGGUCACCUGCAUGAAGCUGACCGCCCCUCUUUACGGCUUCCUCGCUGCGAUUCAACAGGUAUGUACACGUGCCGCUGGUGCUAAUUUGGCUCCGGUGGGGCCCGCAUAUGAUCUCUCUCACCCGCCGUGUCGGGUAUGCAGAACCAGCGGGAGGCGGCGGGAGGGAGGGGGCUCUCGGGGAGGAUCAAGAGAGAGAACAAGUGGGUCCCAGACCUGGUGUUCCGGAUAGAGGACUACGAGAAGUACCUGAUCCAGCUCAGCAGGUUGACCGGGGUCAACCUGCUGAGGCGCGCGAAGCGCAGCACCGCCAGGGACUUCAAGAUUCUGGACGCGAUGAAGGCCAACCGGCGGGAGGGCGAAGACAACGCCGCCGUCCCCACUGAUAGUGGCGGCGGUGGCGGCGAGGGCUCCCAGGAAGACGAUGAGAGAGAGAAGACGGAUGAGGACUCGACUCCGGAGCUCGGUUGCGGCGAGGCCUCUCAGUCGGAGGAAGACCGUGGAGAUCUGCUGGACGGAAAUGAGAGGGUCAAGAGGUGGCGGGCCAUGGUGGUGCGAUCUUCGGACGAUGAAGAGGCGUAG